GACAGAAGAAGAGAGAUACAGCAGCGCAGUAUAGUAUAGUAGUCAGAUGGGAACUUGGAUUCUGAUCGUGAUGUUGUUGCUAACGUGCGGCAGUCUGCCACCAUCGUCAUCGGAUCCGAACGACGAAACCUGUCUGACCAACCUGAAAGCAUCCUUGCAAGACCCCACCAACAGCCUGAGGAACUGGACCAGAACCACCUUCGCCAACCCAUGUAACGGCUUCACCUCCUACCUGGAGGGGGCAACCUGCAACAACGGACGCAUCUACAAGCUCUCUCUUACCAGCCUCUCCCUCAAGGGAUCCAUCUCCCCUUACCUCUCCAACUGCACAAACCUGCAGUCGCUUGACCUCUCCUCUAACUCCUUCUCGGGCCCAAUCCCUCCCGACCUCCAAUUGCUUGUCAACCUCGCCGUCCUCAAUCUUUCCUCCAAUCGCCUCACCGGCACCAUACCCCCUCAACUCGCCUACUGCGCCUACCUCAACGUCAUCGAUCUUCACGAGAACCUGUUAACGGGCCCCAUCCCUCAGCAGCUGGGCCUCCUCGUCAGACUCUCCGCCUUCGAUGUCUCCAACAAUCGCCUCUCCGGUCCGAUUCCGGCGUCUCUCGGCAACCGUACGGGUAACUUGCCCAGGUUCAAUGCCAGCUCCUUCGUGGAGAACAAGGACCUCUACGGCUACCCCUUGCCCCCGUUGAAGACUAAAGAGUUGUCAGUGAUGGCCAUCGUUGGGAUCGGUUUGGGAAGUGGGCUUCUGAGCUUAGUGCUCAGCUUCACCGCCGUCUGUAUUUGGUUGCGGGUUACGGAGCAGGGGAUGGCUGCUGAAGAGGGCAAGAUCAGUCAACUCAUGCCCGAUUAUUGAAUCAAUAUUCAUUACAUUUGUUCAUAUGCAGAUUUCUCGACAUUUCAUCUCAUUUCAGGUAUGAUUCGGAUUCGAUUCCAUCUGUAUCUUCCAUCUGAUUUUUCCCCAGUACGGCAGUAUCCACCCAACAAACAAGAA